CCCGGCUCGGACACUGAACCUGACGCACGCGGAGGACGACGAGGGCGAGGUGAACGUGACCUGCAUCACCGACGGGGUCUUCCCCCGCCCCAGGCUCAACAUCUACCGGUUCCGAGGCGAGGGGAGCAGGUACGAACUGGAGGGCUCGACGUGGGAGGAGCACCUGGACGAAGAGGGCGCCUACACGGUGAAGGUGUCCUCCGCCAUCCGCAACCGCAACCGCCUGCUCCCCCGCGAGAUCCUCUUCGUGUGCGAGCUCUCCAUCCCAGGCACCGAGUACAAGGCCAAGGAGUCUCUGCUCUACUUUCCCAGUCAGUC